ACGUUCUACACGGGUAAAUUAGAGCGGCGCACCCAAACACUAGCCUAGAACUUCUUCACCCGUUUGUCUCCAGUGGUAACGUCAAUUAUUACUUUAUUAGCUAGCACUAUGCAGCUGCCUGUACAGAUGUUGGACUUUUCUCAGGCACCAACACUGAAAGCGUUGGAAGAACAGAUUUGUAGCUGCUCUGCUGCAUCAGGAGGAGCACCAAAUACACGACGCUGGUAGCAAAUGCUAACCUAGCUAGCUACACUGUUAGCAUCUCAGCAGCUGUUCCGUCCACUUGGAGGCAUCAUUGAGUCCUACGAUAGUCUAACGUUAACCAGACUAACGUUACAUACAGUCUACGAUACCACAGAUAUCAACUAACGUUAAUAGUUAUUUAGCGUGCAGCGUGUGGUGGUGCUCGGUGAAUGAGACAGCAACUCCUCUUGGAGAGAGCAGAGGAGCUCCGAGUUCUCCUGUUGGAGCCCUCAGCAGACGUCAAGCUGGCGACCGGAGCAGGAAAGAAGGGCAUAAAUGUCGAGGAGGAGGAGCAGCCUGCAGCACCUCUUGCAGCUGCAGCAGCAGCCGUGAAGGAGGAGGAAGAGGAGUAUGUAGUGGAGAAGGUUUAUAACCGCAGAGUGAUGAACGGAAGAGUAGAGUUUCUGCUGAAAUGGAAGGGGUUCUCAGAUGAGGAAAACACAUGGGAGCCGCAAGACAACCUAGACGUUGACCUUAUCACAGAGUACAUGCAGAAACACAAGGAGAAGGAGAAGAAGAAGGGCAAGAGGAAAGUUGUCAGUGAGGCUUUGGGAGACUCAGUGGAGCGAGGGAGCAAGAGGAAGAAGGAGGAGAAACGGAGAGGAGGAGCUGGACCCAAACGUCACCACUGUCAACACUGUGACAAAUCCUUCACAACAUCUGGAUAUUUAAAGAUUCAUCAGAGAGUUCACACUGGAGAGAAUCUGCACAGCUGUGAUCACUGUGGUAAAACCUUUUCUGGGAGUGGUAGCCUAGAAAGCCACCGACGCAUUCACACUGGAGAGAAGCCGUACUGCUGUGAACAAUGUGGGAAAACUUUUUCUCAGAGUAGUCACCUUAAAACGCAUCAACGCAUUCACAGUGGAGAGAAGCCGUACAGCUGUGGUCUAUGUGGUAAAACCUUUUCUCGGAGCAGUAGCGUUAAAUCUCAUCAGCGCGUUCACACAGGAGAGAAGCCGUACUGGUGUAAACAAUGUGGGAAAACUUUUUCUAUGAGUGGUCACCUUAAAAUACAUCAACACAUUCACACUGGAGAUAAACCUCACAGCUGUGGUAUAUGUGGUAAAACGUUUUCUUAUAGUAGUGGGCUUAAAAAACACCAGCACGUUCACACUGCAGAGAAGCUGUACUGGUGUGAACAACGUGGGGGAAAAUUUUCUGAGAGUGGGGCUCUUAAAAGACAUCAACGCAUUCACACUAGAGAGAAGCCGUACUGCUGUGAUCUAUGUGGUAAAACCUUUUCUCAGAGUGGUCACCUUAAAUCUCACCAGCGCAUUCACACUGGAGAGAAGCCAUACAGGUGUGAUCUAUGUUGUAAAACUUUUUCUCAGAGCGGUGACCUUAAAAAACACCAGCGCAUUCACACUGGAGAGAAGCCGUACAGGUGUGAUCUAUGUUGUAAAACUUUUUCUCUGAGUAGUAGCCUUAAAAGACAUCAACACAUUCACACUGGAGAUAAACCUCACAGCUGUAGUAUAUGUGGUAAAACCUUUUCUUAUAGUAGUGGGCUUAAAAAACACCAGCAUGUUCACACUGCAGAGAAGCUGUACUGGUGUAAACAAUGUGGGGAACAUUUUUCUGAGAGUGGGGCCCUUAAAAGACAUCAACGCAUUCACACUGGAGAGAAGCCUUACAGCUGUGAUCUAUGUGGUAAAACCUUUUCUGAGAGUAGUCACCUUAAAUCUCACCAGCGCAUUCACACAGGAGAGAAGCCAUACAGGUGUGAUCUAUGUUGUAAAACUUUUUCUCAGAGCGGUGACCUUAAAAAACACCAGCGCAUUCACACUGGAGAGAAGCCGUACUGGUGUGAACAAUGUUUUAAAACAUUUUCUCUGAAUAGUAGCCUUAAAAGACACCAGCGCAUUCACACUGCCGUGUUGUGAACAUGUUUCCGAGCCAAGCGGUUUCCUCCUGCCUCCUCCUCAUGCCCUGAUAGCUGUGUUGUUAUUUUCUGAUCUUCUCUCCACAUUGAAGGCUGACCAGCAGUAACUUUAUCUUCUGAACAGCAUGGAUGUUAUCCUGGCUAGGACUACACAUUACACUCCCUCCCUUUGAAGGGGUUUAUUCCACUCAAAAUUAGUUAGUUUUGCUGUAAUAAAAUAUUCUGAGUUCAGGGUUAAACUGCUAGUGCUUUUUAACUAAUGCUGCAACGAAAAAGUAUUUGUUGUUCUUAAUUAAUGACCUGGUAUAAACAAUUUACCAAAAUCCCCAUCACUGUUUACUAAGGUGAUGUCAAAUUGCUGAAAUAUUCAGUUUAUUGUCACUUAAGACGAAGAAAAGCUUUAAUCAGAACAUUGCUGCUUCUGCUGCUUAAAAAAUGACUUGAACAGUUAGGGCCCUAUUUUAACGAUCUGAAACGCAAAACGCAAGUAGCUUUGUGGGCGGA